AACAAGCAUUGGAACAAAUUCCUACAUGUGAUCCGACCCUCGUGGAUUUUGCUAAUGCUAUUUCAGUUCAAUUGAAUCUUGUCUAUUAUUCCUCUAGUUUUAUAGUCACCUAGGUUUGAUUGUCCGAAGAUACAAGAAAGAGCAGCAUUUAAAAUUACACGUAUAUCAUAUGGUUUGCUCAUCUUCCUCUUUGUCACCGACAACCUCUGAAAAAUGCUAGUCGGAGAUGCUCUUCACUUACCCUCUACAUUAGCCUCUGCAAAAAUCAACAGCUAACCCUUUAAAUUCCUCUAUUGGCCAUGUCAAGAUUCUUAGCGGUUGGUAAAACUAAAGGACUUGGACAAUCCUUAUGCAGAAAUCAGACCACUAUCCGUCCAGAACAAGCGAGAAAAGGAAAUCUUAUUAGGAUUGGGGUAAGUUCUCCUAGAUGUAGAUUUUAUGGGCAAUAUGUGUCUAUCACAAGGGGACACGCUUCAUCCAUGACAUAUAGAAUGCAUAGUACUUUUCGUGGGAGAUGUUUAAUGACUUCACCAAGAACAUCUGUAAGUCAUCACGCACAAAUAGCUUGGAAGAAGUUAUCAUGUAAAUCUUUCUACAAAGGACAAACUUUUAUCUGCUUAAGUCGAUUUGCACAAGCGCUUUGCUUGGCGUUGAGCAGGUCUCAUGUGGUUCUCCCUGGUUUUCUUGGCUUAACAUAUGGAAGAAAUAUAGCGUUGGCACGAGCACCGUCAGACUUGGAGAGUGGUCGCCCGAGGAAUAGCUUAUACAGGCAUGCUGAAGAUGGACAUGUUUUGAUUACCUCAUUAUUGCAUUCCAUAUUUGAAGGUUUUAUUCUGCUAUUGAGAGCCUUUUAUUUGGGGAUACUCUUUUCUCCUAGCAUUGUGAUGGCCCCAUUUGCAGAUGUUUUUGGACCUUCUUUCAGGAAAAUGUGGCUCCAGGUAGUUCGUAGCUCACUCGAAAGAGCAGGUCCUGCAUUUAUCAAAUGGGGCCAAUGGGCAGCUACACGGCCUGAUCUUUUCUCUAGAGAUUUGUGUACUGAGCUAUCAAAGCUUCACACAAAAGCUCCUGAACAUAGCUUUGCUUACACGAAAAAGACAAUCGAAAAAGCAUUUGGUCGAAAACUUUCUGAAAUUUUCGAUGAAUUCGAGGAGAAACCUCUGGCAUCUGGAAGUAUUGCUCAAGUGCAUAGGGCAUCCUUGUUGUAUCGAUACCGUGGUCGACAGAUCAAGCCUAUAGUGGUGGCAGUGAAAGUUAGGCAUCCUGGAGUGGGUGAAUCAAUUAGACGAGAUUUUGAGAUUAUUAAUCUAGUUGCUAAGAUAUCGAAGUGCAUUCCUAAACUGAAGUGGUUAAGGUUAGAUGAAAGCGUACAACAAUUUGCUGUUUUUAUGAUGUCUCAAGUAGAUCUUGCUAGGGAAGCUGCACAUUUAAGCCGCUUCACCUAUAAUUUUCGGAGAUGGAAGGAUGUCUCUUUCCCAAAGCCUGUCUAUCCCCUAGUGCAUCCUGCAGUAUUGGUCGAGACUUUUGAACAAGGGGAAUGUGUUUCAUAUUAUGUUGGUGAGCUUGAGGGCCAUGAAAGACUUAAGAGCGCACUUGCUCAUAUUGGGACCCAUGCUCUUCUAAAGAUGCUUUUGGUGGAUAACUUUAUUCAUGCUGACAUGCAUCCUGGAAAUAUCCUUGUUCGGGUAACCCAAAGCAAGCAAUCCCAGAAACGCAUCUUCAAAUCAAAGCCUCAUGUUGUUUUCCUUGAUGUAGGCAUGACUGCUGAACUUUCUAAGAAUGAUCGACCAGUAUUAUUGGAGUUCUUUAAGGCAAUUGCUCGUCGAGAUGGCCAGACUGUAGCAGAGUGCACUCUGCAGUUGUCAAAGAAACAGAGUUGCCCUAAUCCAGAAGCCUUCGUUAAGGAAGUGAAGGAGUCAUUUGAUUUUUGGGGGACUCCAGAAGGCGAUUUGGUCCACCCUGCUGAGUGCAUUGAACAACUUCUUGAGAAAGUUAGGCAUUACAGAGUGAACAUAGAUGGCAAUGUUUGCACUGUCAUGGUGACAACUUUGGUCCUUGAGGGCUGGCAAAGGAAGCUUGAUCCUGAUUAUGAUGUAAUGCACACCCUACAGACGCUGCUGCUCAAAUCUGAUUGGGCAGAAUCACUAUCUUACACCAUUGAAGGACUCAUGGCCCCAUGACAAGCUCAUCCAAUUCUUCCUCUAACUGCGAGACAACUACUUGUAAGUGUAAAAUAAAUAAAUGUAUAUUAGCCAACAUAAUGAAGUUUGCUUCAAGUUUUAUAAAGCAUUUCAGCUGGCCUGAGAGUAUAGUAAGCAACCUUGGGAAGGAUUUUGUCCUGUACUUGUUGCUUUGAUUCAAAAAUUACUGCCCCGGCUAUUUUAUCACAUAUAUGCAUGAGUUUACAAGUAAAGAAGAAUAAAAAGUCA